AUGACAGGCGUACUGAUCCUUCUCUCAGUUCUCCUACUCGCCGCCGGCACACUCCCGGAACCACCAGAACUUCCGCCAACUUCGCCGGAGUCAUUGUCAACCACAAUUAGCUGUGUCGACGAACUGGUGGCGUUCUCGCCAUGCCUUCCGUACAUUUCCGAUCCACCGAACAAUAUCUCUGAUUCGCCUCCGUUUCAGUGUUGCGAUAACUUCUCGGCGGCAUUUGUGGAUGAUACUGCGAUUUGCCUUUGCUACCUCGUUCGCAACCCUCAGCUGCUUGGAUUUCCUAUCAGUUCCAUGAAGCUGUUGUCGCUAACUUCUAUGUGUCCCGUGGAGGAGAAAGAAGGCGCGGAGAAUCUGUCUCUCGAGUCUCUCUGUUCAGGUUCAACUACGCUGCCUCCUUUUAGAUCAAUAACAGAUCACAGGGGUUCAAGUCCAAGACCAGUGCGUCCUACACCCCCUAGCUCUCCUAGACCACCAAGCACUCCAAAUCCAGGCAAGUUACUUACCUUCUGUUUCUUCAAGCUUAUAACUUUGACAUUCCAAUUGUUCCCUUCCAUAUUGAUGAAUACUUUGCUACCACUUAACAUUUAUAUCUCUUAUAUAACAUUUAUAAAAGUGAUAAUCAAAGUCACAUAACUGCAGUUCUUAGAAACUUCC